CCAUUGCCAGCGCCAGCGGUGGUGACUUCAGCUUCUCUACCAGACAGCUUCAACACCAGUUCUUCAGGCUCUUCCACUACAUCCACAUUUAAUAUCAUACAAAUGAUUAAUGCCAUAAAAAAUCAGAAACCUGUUGCAAUUAGCGGAGGAGCAUCACCUUCUGGCAAUUACAGGUACACUAGAUGCUUACUACGACCUGGGUUCAAACUUCUAGUAAGGCAUAAAAUUGUUAUCAAAGAUAAAACCUUUGGUUUAUUAGAGAAACUGGAGCUGAAACAGCCACAGACAAAAGACAACAACAGUGAUGGAGAGAAAUCUCAGAAGCAAACCGACCCACGGUUAAAAAAGGGCCCUUCAGAUCCUCGUCUUAACAAGCCAGCUGACUGUCCAAACAGUGGCAAAGUUGCCGAUCCCAGGCUGCAGAGGGCCUUGGCCCAGUCACGACCUGCUGACCCAAGACUUGCUCGACAGAUGGUUGGAAAUCUAGACCCACGCCUCAGUCGUCAGAAUAGUGUAGAUGGUGUUUUUUCAAGUGGUCCUAUCAACAAUAUGGGAGGUAGUCCUGUCAACAGUAUGGGAGCUGGUCCUAUCAACAGUAUGGGGGCUGGUCCUAUCAACAGUAUGUUAGGUGGUCCUAUCAACUGUAUGUUAGGUGGUUCUAUCAACAGUAUGGGAGCUGGUCCUAUCAACAGUAUGGGAGCUGGUCCUAUCAACAGUAUGGGAGCUGGUCCUAUCAACAGCAUGGGAGCUGGUCCUCUCAACAGUAUGGGAGCUGGUCCUAUCAAUAGUAUGGGAUCUGGUCCUAUCAACAGCAUGGGAGCUGGUCCUCUCAACAGUAUGGGAGCUGGUCCUCUCAACAGUAUGGGAGCUGGUCCUCUCAACAGUAUGGGAGCUGGCUGUAUCAACAACAUGGGAGGUGGUCCUAAUAAUAGUAUGGGAGGUGGUUCUAUGAAUACCAUGGGAGGAGUAAUGAAUGGUCAAAUGGGAGGCUCAGGAAAUGGCAUGGGAGUCUUCAUGAGUUCACCAGGAGGCUCAGUGAAUCCUAUUGGUGGGUCCAUGAGCAAACGCUUACACAGUAUAGGGCCAGGGGUCAACACAGAAAGUCAUCUCAGUGUAGCUAAUCCCAUGAAUAACCCAAAUAUUGGACCAGGAAGGCCAUUUCUUGGUAGUGGUGGCCCAUUGAACAACACUAUGGGUGUUGUUGGUGGCCCAGUGAGAGUUAUGGCUGGAUCUUUGAAUCAGAAUGGUGGACCGUAUAAUCCAGUGUCACCUGGUGCCAGUCAGAUGAUUAGAAUGGGAGGACCUCAUGGCCUUGGCAGCAGACUGGGUGGUAGUGGCAGCCCAAUGGAUAGUCACAUCAGGGGCCCAUCAAGCCAGCAAAAUCCCUUGGCUAAUGACCCAGGAAUGUUGGACCCAAGAAUCAAUAAUCCUUCAGGUGCACGACCUGGAAAUCAAAGAACCGAGAUUGAUCCACCUGGCAUUAAUGACCCUAGAUUAAAAAACAGGUUAAUGGACCCUCGAGAGCAGAGGAUGUCUUCAAAAGAUCCCAGAUCAGCAUUUAGAGAUGCUCAUCAAGGGACUGCUAGCUCUCCCAGUGGUGAUGGCAUAGGUGAUUCGGGGAUGAUUCAGAGUGAUAGUGAUUUCAGAUCUCUACAGAACAGUUCAAGAGUCCUGGAGGACUUUCAGCAGAGCCCACAUUACUUACAAAAUGAUUUACCAUCUUUUCAAUGGACUCACACUUCUGAUCACAAAACAGAGCACAAUGAAAGUUUACAGUCACCAUCUUCAUCAUCAAUGUUAUCUUCGACUCAACAUUCAGAUGCCGAAAAACCCACUCGCAAAUUUGAUUACAGAAAUGACCCGCGAUUCAAGAGAGUGAAAAGAUUACCUGGUCAGCCCAAAAACAGUAUGGAAUAUAAUUCUCCAUUAAGUGGUGAAGACGGCCAGGGGGACACAGACGGUAGAGCUGACCCUGGUUAUAAUGGUUACUUCAAGUCCAGGCUUCCAUCAUCAGGAGACCCUCGCAGCAGAACCGUCUCCAGCCCCACACUUCCAGACACACUUCAAGAUUUUGACCUUCCAACUUCCUCAGCAGAAAUCGCAGCAGAAUCAGAACUAGAUCUGAAAGUCAAAGACCAUUUUAAAACUAUUGACCCAACAGCAUCACCGUUCUGUUGA